AUGGAAGAGCUGUAUGUUUCUGAACGAGAGGGCAAUGAUUCCACUGGUGAUGGGACACAAAAGAAACCAUUCAAGACUGUUUUAAAGGCUUUGAUGACAGCAGGAAAGGAACCGUUUCCUACUAUUUAUGUGGAUUCGCAAAAAGAAAAUGAGAGAUGGGCCAUUAUUUCGAAGUCACAGAUGAAAAAUGUCAAAAAGCUGUGGCAUAGGGAACAAAUGAAGAAUGAAGCUAAGGAGAAGAAGGAGGCAGAAGAUCUGUUGAGAAGAGAGAAGAACCUGGAGGAAGCUAAGAAAGUUGUUAUUAAGAAUGAUCCUAGCCUUCCAGAGCCAAAAUGUGUGAAGAUUGAUGCUCUGGAAGCUUACAGAGGCCAGAGAGUGAAGAUUUUUGGCUGGAUUCACAGGUUACGGAGGCAAGGAAAAAAUUUGAUGUUCAUUGUUUUGAGAGAUGGUACAGGUUUUCUUCAGUGUGUCCUUUCAGAUGAACUGUGUCAGUGUUACAAUGGGCUCGUUCUCUCUACGGAGAGCAGCGUUGCGGUGUAUGGUACGCUGAACCUUGUUCCUGAAGGCAAGCAGGCUCCGGGAGGCCACGAGCUGAACUGUGAUUACUGGGAGCUUAUUGGUCUGGCCCCAGCAGGAGGGGCUGACAAUCUACUCAAUGAGGAUUCGGAGGUGGAUGUGCAACUUAACAACAGGCAUAUGAUGAUUCGAGGCGAGAAUAUGUCCAAAAUCUUCAAGGUGCGCUCCAUGGUAGUACAGGCCUUCAGGGAUCAUUUCUUUGCCAAUGGAUAUUAUGAAGUCACACCACCAACCUUAGUCCAGACGCAGGUGGAAGGAGGCUCUACCCUGUUCAAACUGGAUUAUUUUGGUGAAGAGGCAUACCUAACGCAGUCGUCCCAGCUCUACCUGGAGACCUGCAUUCCGGCGUUAGGAGAUGUUUUCUGCGUUGCUCAGUCAUACAGAGCUGAGCAAUCCAGGACCCGCAGACACUUGGCAGAAUACACUCACAUUGAAGCUGAAUGCCCUUUUAUAAGUUUUGAGGAUUUAUUGGACCGUCUGGAGAGCCUGGUUUGUGAUGUAGUAGACAGAGUCUUGAAAUCGCCUGCAUCAAGCUUACUGCAUGACCUCAACCCGGGCUUCAAGCCCCCUAAACGUCCUUUCCGACGAAUGAACUAUUCUGAAGCUAUUGAGUGGUUAAAGGAACAUGAUGUGAAGAAGGAGGAUGGCACUUAUUACGAGUUUGGGGAAGAUAUUCCUGAAGCUCCCGAGAGGUUGAUGACAGACACCAUUAACGAACCAAUCUUGUUGUGCCGAUUUCCUGCAGAGAUAAAGUCUUUCUACAUGCAGCGCUGUCAGGACGAUUCCCGGCUUACUGAAUCUGUUGACGUGCUGAUGCCUAACGUUGGUGAAAUCGUGGGAGGCUCUAUGCGUACGUGGGACAGCGAGGAGCUGCUUGAAGGCUAUAGGAGAGAGGGCAUUGAUCCCACACCGUACUACUGGUACACCGAUCAGAGAAAAUACGGUACGUGCCCUCAUGGUGGAUAUGGUUUGGGAUUAGAACGAUUCCUAACCUGGAUUCUGAACAGACACCAUAUCCGAGAUGUCUGUCUCUAUCCACGCUUUGUCCAGCGCUGCAAACCUUAGCCAUCCUUGGGAGAAACUCCUAGAAAACUGAGCCACUGAUGCUUGGAAAAGAACGAUACGCUCGGCUAUACUACAGCCUGUCUGAACAAGACUUACUGCAACCUGUUG